AUGUUUAGAUCAACUAGCGCUCGAAAAAGCCCUACCAGGUAUGAGAAAUUAGAUAAAGAACAUGGUGCCACUGGUGAAAGUUCAAAUGAGGAGUUGAAGAGGAGCACAACUUUGCCUUCUCGGGCUAUGGCUUCAACCUUUGGAGACAUGAAUCUACAGAGAAACCCCACAAAAAAGGGCAAUAGUAACCCUAAGGAGAAGAGUCACCCACUUCUCAGCUUCUUUGAUUUUCGCCGGAAGAAGAAAACAACAGCGAGACCUGAAUUUGCUAGGUAUCUUGAGUAUGUGAAGGAAGGAGGCAUGUGGGAUGUCAAUUCCAACAAACCUGUCAUCUAUUACAAAUGA